UCGUACUUCCUGUUGUAAGGAUUACGUCGUCCAACUGGUAGCGAGAACUACGACUGUAGUGUCAAGCUGCGUUUUGAGUUAAAUCAUUUCGGAACAUAGUACUUAUUUUGAAGUUAACUGGUAGCACAAGAUGUUUCCACAACACAUAAUAUUCCAGCUAUGUCUGGCCUUGCACGCUUUGGUUGCUUUGUCGUGCUGUUUUAGUGAUUCAGACGCUGGGCCUUCAGCUGUAUCUUCACAAGCAAAUGGAGACCGAUUCAAGAUUGAGGGUCGUGCAGUUGUUCCAGGCGUAAAGUCGCAAGAAUGGGUGUCCGCAUCACGUAUUAUGGUUGAAGGAGAGGAGUAUGUAGGCUUUCUGAGGACGGAUGGAAGCUUUGUUGUAAAUGAUGUUCCAUCUGGCUCAUACGUUUUGGAGGUGGUGUCGCCUGAUUUUAAAUUCGAGCCUGUAAGAGUGGACAUAACUUCCAAAGGGAAAAUCAGGGCACGUCAGGUGAAUUACAUUAAGACUUCGGAGGUCAUCCGACAGCCUUAUCCACUCCAGGUGAGAUCUCCUGGUCCACAGACCUACUUCAUGAAGAGGGAGACAUGGGGCUGGUCAGAUUUCCUCAUGAACCCUAUGGUGAUGAUGAUGGUCCUUCCGUUAUUGAUCAUCGUCCUGCUUCCCAAAGUGGUCAAUACCAAUGACCCAGAGAUGAGAAAGGAGAUGGAGCAGUCCAUGAACAUGCUGAACCCCAACCCGGAGCUGCCCGACGUCUCUGAGUUCAUGACCAAACUGUUCUCCAAGGGCUCCACCAAGCCGGGCGGAGGCAGCAAAGCCACCCGCCCCGCGGCCGUCAAGCGGAGGUAGUGCUGGGGUCUCGUUGGAGUGGUCUUAGGGCACUGUGCUGAAUGGUCAGUUCUGCAGCUUCACUUUUCUCCUCAUGUCUUCUCUUCCUUUGUAAAUAUGUUUUUUUUAUUUUUCAUCCCACACGCACAAAAAAAAAAACGUUGUCGUCCUACUGAUGCAGAGACGAGCAUGGGCGUGGCCAUGGAGAGUUUGAAAUUGUUUUGUGUAGUCUUAUUUGCGCACACCUGUGUUGGGUUAUUUUUUCAAGCUGUCUUUUUUUUUUUUAGCUUUUUAUUUGUAAUUGGCUGUAUUUUGCACCAAUUGCACCUGUCAUCACACCUCAUGAUCCUCUGAAUCAGGAAAAUAGCGACCUACUAAUGUCUGUAACUCAAAUAGACUCUUGUUUUGCUGCUGCACUUGAGAUUCCAUUUCCUAUUAACGGGUUCAACUCCUCCAAUGUACUGGGGAUCGGUUCCAUUGUGAUUCAGCUGUAGUGCAGUAAGAUGCAGUGGAGUUGUGCAAGGUAUCUGAAUGUGUGGAGUUAUAAUUUUUUUCUUUAUUUUUAUCCUGGUACCUACACUUUUUGGAUUGUGCACUAAAGUGAAAUCAAAGUGGAUUCGAACCCCCCCCACCCCCACACCCAUCUCUAUUUCUACUUGAAGAAAUGCUAUUUGCCUGAAUAUUCAUUAUGAGAUUUCUGUUGACCUAGCAAACAUAACUGUGAAUGAAAAUGAUACAUUUUAGCUAUAUGAGACUUAUUUAAAUAAAGUUAUGAUCAAUUGUGAUGGUCUACCCAGA